GGAACACAUCAAAGCAGCCCCUUAGAACGGCGGGGUGAAUGAACCAGGAUCCUCUCGAAAGAGCUUUUCCUUGCACAUAUAUUUUUUUUGGUAAGCAACUAAACGAAGGCUCUCUCUCUCUCUCUCUCUCUCUAGCUUCUUUUUUUUCUGGGUUAAGAUUUCAGUUUCAAUUGUGUUUAACGGCUCCAAUGUGAAACCGCUGGUCCUGUCAGUGCAGUUCUUCGUGUGCACUUUGGAGUCUCCGAGCGCAGCCAUAGGAAUGACUUUGCGCGGCUGACGUCAGGAAUACCUCACCAGCAGCACCGGCGGUGGGCAGGGAGCUGCUUCUUCCGAGGAGAAGGAGGAGGAUAUGAGGAGCAAUCGUGGAAGAGGAGUCAGUCCGACCUUGUCUGGCUCGCAGUCCCGCGCCCGGUCGUGCGUAAACGCUGCAAAAAGAGUUGGCUGCGUCUGAAGCCACUUCGGGCGCGUACAACUUUGGCCCUCAUUCAUGGUUUUUUUUUUUUCGGGGGGGGCGGAUUCGCAACACAUCCACGUCUGGGUGAUGUGCACAGGAAUACAUCAGCACUACUCCAACCUCUUCCGCAUAUUGGAUUUCAAUGCAAAGAGAAGGUCGCCAACGUCCCUCUUAAGGAUUCGGGAAAUGAAGACUGCUGCUGACGGGGACUCUUUUCCUUUUCUUCUUUUUUUAAACUUUUGAAAGCUUUUUUUCUUUUUUUUUUCCUACGCAGUUUUGAUUAAAGGAUUUUUGAUCAACUCGCGAAAGCAAUUGUCUCCAUGUGCAGGGAAUACUCGUUGCAUGGCAUGUAUUAGAACGCAGCCGAGUUGUGGAUCGAGCCUGCGCGUCGUACAGUGCACACAUCCGAGCACAAUGCGUCUGAUUUGAACCCCUCCGUCUGUACGAAGUGCCAACAUUCAGCCGGUAUGGCGAACGAGUGCAAUCGCAACAUUGUGGAAAAGUACAUCUGCCAUAAACUCUCCAAACGGGGCUACGUGUUUGGAUUUGACGACGUCCGAGAUGAAGAUGCCGCCGAUGACGGCUUAAUAGUUGUCCCGCCGCCGACUCUGGUCCGCCGGUGCCGUGAAUCCGGCACCGGGCCCGACAUCGAGAGCGUCCCCCACCUCUGCAAACGGCUCCCGCAGUCCGACCCGACCGCCGCCAUCCACCGGGUCCUGCGCGAGGCUGGGGACGAACUCGAGAGACUGUACCAGCCGGACUUCACGGAGAUGUCGCGGCAGCUGUACCUCACCUCCACCACGGCGCAGCGGAGGUUCGCCGAGGUGAUAGACGAACUGUUCCGGGACGGGGUGAACUGGGGCCGGAUUAUCGCGUUCUUCGAGUUCGGGGGCACGGUGUGCGCGGAGUGCGCCGCCAAGCAGGAGAUGACCUCGCAGGUGGACAACAUCGCGGAGUGGAUGACGGAGUAUUUAAAUGGACCUCUGAACAACUGGAUACAAGAUAACGGGGGAUGGGAUGCCUUUGUGGAGCUGUAUGACAGACAGAGGGACUCCCUCUUCAAUUGCUCCUGGCCCUCCAUUAAGACGGUCUUCGGUCUGGCUGCACUCGGGGCCGCCAGCCUCACCAUCGGAGCAUACCUUACUCAGAAGUGAACAAGCCCCUGUUCUACCAGCCUGACUUUGUUCCUCCUCCUCCUCCUCCUCCUCCUCCUUGUGCCUCUUCUUUUUUCUUCUUCUCCUUUUUAUAGAUGCCCCUGACCCCUCAGAGACAACCUUCAGACUCUUCCGAAUCAUGCUCUCUUCAAAGCCCUCUCUCAGAAAACUCCCUCUCCCUCGCCCCUCCAUGUCAAAACAGACACAAAUCAAAACAAUUGAAGCAACCCGACGCACAGCCCAUACAGAGCAAGUGGACGUCUUGAAAAGAGGCCGCUUAGAUGUGAUCACACUAAGCCGAGUACGACUGAGGAGAAAGGGAGGUGGCAUGACUGGCAUGCAUCUAUUAUAUUUUAAUUAGUUUGGUUCUGCCUGCUUCUGUACUAGUUAUAGCAUGAAUGUUGAGUGUUAGUGUAGACGUUGCAUGUGUCAGAGCUCAUGCGGGACCCUCUAUUAGGAGGCCUUGACGACGGGGGUGCGCAUGGACAAUGAUGCCCCACACCGGAGAGGAAGCGGCCACACGACCCGCCCCUGCUUGUUAGGGUGAAGAACCCCGUUUGAACUAUGGACUCCGGUUACACCCCCCCCCCCCCUGACCCCCCCCCCCCACCCUGCAGCCGUCCUUCAAAGGACUUCCUCCACGGAACAGCUGCUCAGAAUGUAUAAUGGAAAACAGCUCGCUACAACCAGCAGCGCGGUUUGUGUCUCCUGCUUUCACUCCUCAGACAGCUCCAGUGAACUCUGAACACACUCCAGCAUUAUACUCUCGCUGGCCUCUCAAGAGUCAGGGGAACACUGAGCUCUGCUGAUCUUUCUUUCGCAGAGCUCGAAAGCUCCUUGAUUGCGAUCUGUGUGUUGGUUUUCAUUUUUCUCAGCACGCCAAAAUCCCCAAAUUAUGUGGCUUUUAAAUCACAGGAAAAAAAGGAGGAGAAUGGUGAAUUUUUCAAGGAGUGAAAAUCACGCCGAAGAAGCCCGUCGUUGCAUAAAAUAUCAGAUGUUGAUGAAUAUAUUGAGAGAAAUGUUGAGCACAGCACAAAAGAGGGAGGUAAAAGUAAUAGAAAGCCUCUCAGGGAGGCAAUCCGCCACAUAAACAUAUACGGGAUAUGAAAUGUGCAUUCCUCAAGUAAAGCGAUGUGAACGAGACCACUCCUCUGCUAAAAAAAGAAAAAGAAAUCACUCACCUUUAAAAAAAAAAAAAAAAAAAAAAGCACCAUCACUGUUCACAUAUUAGCACCAAGCGACUCUUCAAGGAUGACCGCUCUUUUCUAUUUUCUACCACGGUUUCUACCAGCUUUCUUCCUCGGUCCGUUUGUGGGCAGAUUGUUUGGGCUGACUCCGGUCAACAUGUGUCCUCCAGCUGCUGAGGCCUCUGCUGAGAAUCCACUCUGACAAAAGGCGCUUGUUGACGUAGACUGAGAGACAAAACUCGCCUGGCUACAGAUGAGCACGUGGAAGACCCCCACCCCCACCCCCCCCACCCCCCGGUUUGGGACUGAAGCCAGUACGUCCCAUGUGCUGGAACCUGAGAUGCCCCUUCUCUCCGGUCCGCAAAUGCAUUCAGUCAUUGAUUUUGUUUUAUUGAUGUUUGUCUUGUGUUACAGUCUGAUAGAAAAUGUGGAAGUGCUCACUCACUCCAAAAUAUGUUUGGUUUAUACUUUUUGGAUAGUUGGUUAUGGAGUUUUAAAUUUUUUUUUCCUCUGUCAUUAAAAAUGGUCAACUUCUUUGUUGCAUGUAUGAAAGAUAGGCCUGUCUUCACACAACAGAUAUGUGUAACCAUAUUUAUAACAGAAUAGGGUAGCAUAUAACAAAACAAAUAACAUCAAAGGAGUUGCAUUUUUUCUAUUUAUUGAGAGGUACCAGAUCACAGAUUUUUUUUAACAGUACUUUGAUGAAAUUUGUAUUGUUUUCACUUUUUCUAUUCUAAAGGAAUCACACUGUAAUUUCUUUUUGCCCGGCUGCUAUUAUAACAAGAAAGAUGUUUUCUUUUUCCUUUUUCUUUUUAAGUGAUUUUCUGUGUCGUAUUAAUGUUGGCUUAAGGCUGCUAUACUGUUGAUUUUACUUUUACUUACAGCUUAAACUGCCACAGAUUUACAGUAUAGUUCUAGAGAGCUGAAAAACCAAAGUUAACUUGUAAUCAUCUUUAAUUUAAUUUUAAAGUAGCUUAAGGGGGGGAAAAAGCAGCUGUUCAUUGAGGUUUUCUCUCUGUGGCAGGUUUGUCUAGUGUUGUACUAUAUCAGCUUUAACUUUUGUCAGCGUUGAUAACUCUGCUUAUCUGUAAAAUGUUGACCUGCCAGACUUAAACCUGGUCUCAGUUGUCACUAUAAACCACCCCAUUUGAUCAUUACAGCAGCUCAGUGUGUGAUAUAUUUCUAGUGGUGUGUGAAUGCGCGUGUGUGCGUGUGCGCGCGCGCGUGUGCGUGUAAGAGGGAACCACAAGGUGAUUUAUGAGCAGGAGUAGGAACGGCUCAACAGCAAUAUACUGUAAUUUUUAUAUUCUCUGUGCAUAUAUGAAUGUAGGCGCCAUGGUUGCUGUACUGUUUUAUGUCUAUAAUCACAAACCUGUAGCACUUAAAAAAAGAAGAGAAAAAAAAAGACAACAAUUAAUUGUGUUUCUGUUUACUGCUAUAUCCACAAUAAGCUAGCGGGGUCAUAUUGUUCCUAAUAAACCGGAUUUCUCAAGCAGCUGCAGUCCAA